ACGGAACGGAAGCGGAAGUGAAUCAAUUAGGGUUGCCUUGUCUGUGGUUUUUGAGUCAAAAAAGAUGACGGAGCUUACGUAAAUGUUCAAAUGAUUUGCUUUGGAGUUUCUUUCACUAAGUUAAACAGGGUUAUAUGAUUUAUAAAGUGUCGUGUUAGAGAGUGGCUGAGUUUAAAUAACUGUUUGUAUUGGUGACCAAUCAGAAUGGCGAACCAAUCAGAAUGGAGAACCGGAAUGGAGAACCAAUCAGAAUGGAGAACUCAACAGCGCGGUGGUUUAACAGUUAUGAAACACUAGAUGGCGCUAACACUGUUGUGUUUUUUGGAGAAAGCGGGGGCAGCUGCUCCCUCCUCCAGCUCCACAGACCUGAUAUUCAGCAGCUCAGCUCAUCCCCCUCUCCUCUCUUCUCCUCUCCACUACCUCUCCUUCUCCUCUUUUCUCCUGUCCACACUUCAGGACACUUUCUCCAGCCGGACACACCGACACACACACAUCUCUAUCUCUCUCACUCACUCACACACACACACACACACACACACACACACACACACACACACACACACACACACACACACACACACACACACCUGGACAUGAACACGCAGGCUGAUUGGAUCAUGUUUAGGAUCUGCAGCUUUCUGUGCGUCUGCGUUCUGUUGCUCACAUCCAGCGCCUGCGCUCAGACAAACCGGCGACAGUCAUUUCCAUGUGGUGGCAACAUUACGGGAGAUUCAGGAGUUAUCGGUAGCCAGGGUUAUCCAGGAGUAUACCCUCCAAACACCAAGUGUGUGUGGAAAAUCACAGUUCCACAAGGUAAAGUGGUGGUCCUGAACUUCCGCUUCCUCGAUCUGGAAAGCGACAACCUGUGCCGCUACGACCACGUGGACGUUUACAGCGGGCAUGUGAACGGGCAGCGACUUGGACGUUUCUGCGGGACCUUUAGACCGGGAGCCCUCGUCUCCACGGGGAACAAGAUGCUCGUUCAGAUGGUGUCAGAUGCCAACACCGCUGGCAGUGGCUUCCUGGCAGUGUUCUCCGCCGCUAACCCUCAUGAACGAGGAGAUCAGUAUUGCGGAGGGCGUUUGGUGAAACCAGCAGGAACCUUUAAGACCCCGAACUGGCCAGAUAAAGACUAUCCAGCAGGAGUCACAUGCUCGUGGCACAUCGUCGCACCAAAAAACCAGAUUAUAGAGGUGAGAUUCGACAAGUUCGACGUGGAAAGAGAUAACUACUGCCGCUACGACUACGUCGCCAUCUUUAAUGGAGGGGAAAUCAAUGAUGCUAAAAGGAUUGGGAAAUACUGUGGAGACAGUCCACCAGCACCCGUGUUAUCUGAGGGUAAUCAGCUUCUCAUCCAGUUCCUCUCAGACCUCAGCUUAACGGCGGAUGGCUUUAUCGGCCACUACAAAUUCAGGAACAAGAAAAUCCCAACAACAACCAUUGCCCCAACCACAACCACUCAGCCCAUCACCACCAGACUCAUUCCUUUGAAGUAUUCAGCAGCGCUCUGUCAACAGAAAUGUAAGCGAAAAGGAAGUCCAGAGACGCAUUACUGCUCCAGCAACUUUGCCAUCACAGGGACGAUUAUUACAGCGGUGCCACGUGGAGGAAGCAUGCACACUACAGUCUCCAUCAUCAACAUCUAUAAAGAAGGAAACCUCGCCAUCCAGCAGGCUGGAAAAUCCAUGAGCACUAAAAUUGUUAUCCUGUGCAAGAAAUGUCCUUCUGUCAAAAGAGGCUUGAACUACAUCUUCAUGGGCCAGACGGAUGAGGAGGGCCGCGGUCUGAUCGCGCCGCACCACUUUGUCAUGACCUUCAAGGCUAAGAACCAGCAAGCAUUUAACAUCCUGAAGAACAAGCGAUGCUGAACUCGCUUUUCCCUCUCUCUCCAUCUAUAUCCAUAUGGUCAAAACCCAAAAAGUGAUUUCCUCCAUUAGGCUUUUUUUAUUUUUUUUUAUCAAGACUUAUCAAUAUUCUGUUGCAAGAGAUAAUGGAGAAUUAGACACAUUAAAAUGUACAUUAUGAGGAAGGAAAUCAGAAAUAACGAUGAAAGUCCUCCAGCGCCAAGGCUGAAGGCAGAGACUGAAUCCCAGCUUCCUCUUUUUCACAGAGAAAACACCCUUAAUGUCCACCUGUUAAAGUGUGAUUAAUAAAAGCUCCAUUCACUGGGACUAGAACUUUAAAAACUGUAUAAAAAGCUGUAAAGUUUUGACUCUCUAUCAGUAGUACCUACCAAGAUCAAUCUGUCCAAAUGUCAUUUCUGGUUUAUUUAUUUCAUGUUGGAUAUAAAAUGAAACUUUCUACACUUUUCACCAUUCAAGAGUCCUUCAAAGGGCUAUUCACACUGCUCUUAACCCCGGGUUCACAUCGCACUACACCCAGCUUUUACCUCAGGGGGAGAGGAACAUCUACAGUAAAUCACACAUGUAAUGUAGUCAUGUAAUGUGGUUAUAAAGCACAUCUUUUCCCCUGAAGUUAUGAAACUCUGAAGCUUUUACAGUGUUAACUCCACAUGGCGGUGCUGAACAUGUACGGUGUGAAACGAUGCUCACUUAGAAUGUUAGUCUUGUCACUUAGCAACAGAAUCUUAUUCAGAAACUGAGCAGAGUUCAAUAGCUCAAUAUCAGGUGAAAACCAGGACUUAGAGACACUGAACAAAAACGGCUCAGUAGAUACAGUCAGGAGACAAAACACUGAACAUCACAGAAGUGUGUGGUGUAGAGAGGGGGAAAUACGUCACGCUGAGAAAUUAACUGAAGACCGAUACGGACGAACGUACGUCUGGUCGACUAGACGACAAAGUUAUAAAGAGUAAAAAAGAUGAUAAAGCUGUAAAAGAUAACAGAAGCUGCUCGGGUGCAGAAGCACAGACCUGAAUUUUUUUCCUCACCGAUGUGAAAGAGUGAGACGAGCCGUUAUUUAAAGAGGAGGUCACGCGCUGGAUUUAUCCGAUCGGGAUCGUUGAUACGUUAAUAUGCAAAUAUGAGAAGAAGGUUACAGCAGGGUUUUGGGAAUGUACGGUGUGACACAAGGGCAGAUUAUGAAAAGACAGGAUUCAGUGUUAACCCCGGGGUCAGUAGGAGCAGUGUGAAACCUCUAACUACACAAACCCACCAUUCACUUUACACUUUUUAUGAGCAAUCACAUAGCGGGAAUAUUCCAUGUGGGAAAAUCCGUAGUGUUUGACAUACAGAAGAAUUUUUUUUUUCUGUACAUUAUUCUGUACAUAGUACAUAAGAAUAGAACACAUGUCAUGCGAUUAUGUUAAAAGUAACUCCACUUGGUAUCUCCUCACCCUGCUGAUUACUGAUUAUUUUCCAAUAAUCCCACAUCCUGAAAUGUUCAAUUAAUUAAUUAAUUGAUUGAUUGAUUCAUUCAUUCAUUCAUUCAUUUUAUCACACAGCUAGAUGAACAUUGAUCAACUUUCCCGCUGUAUAAGACAGAAGGUUAUUGUGUCGUUACCAAGUGCUGACACUGGAGACUCCUCCUUUAUUUCAUAAAUAAUCGUCUCCUUACAGAAAACCUCACUGUUUCAUCCAAUUAUCAGUUUUUCUCUGUAAAAUAA